GGCUCUUCUCUCUCCUGCCUGUUUAUGGAUGUAAUCAUGUGGCGGAGAGCUGAUCAGCUUCCUUGGAUUUCGCUGACAACCCCACUUUGUUUUGCUUGAAGAUGGAAACAUUGGAGUCGGAGCUGACCUGCCCAAUCUGUCUGGAGCUUUUUGAGGACCCGCUGCUCUUGCCCUGUGCACACAGCCUUUGUUUCAACUGUGCCCAUCGUAUCUUAGUGUCCCACUGCACGCCCAGUGAGCCAAUUCAGUCCAUCAGCGCCUUCCAGUGCCCGACCUGUCGCUAUGUCAUCACCCUCAACCAGAGGGGCCUAGAGGGACUCAAACGCAACGUAACUCUGCAGAACAUCAUCGACCGCUACCAGAAGGCUUCUCUAAGUGGACCUAAUUCUCCUAACGAGACUCGGCGUGAGAGAACCGUCCCCGACAGCAAAGCCAUGACAUCUCCCAGCGACAGGGUGCAGUGUCAGUUCUGUGAGCAGGACCCUCCACAGGACGCUGUGAAGACCUGCGUGACCUGCGAGGUGUCAUACUGUGAAGAGUGUCUCAAAGCCACCCAUCCAAACAAGAAGCCUUUCACGGGCCACCGUCUAAUCGAGCCACUGCUGGACUCCCAUCUGCGUGGGCUCAUGUGUCUGGAGCAUGAGGAUGAGAAGGUCAACAUGUACUGUGUGACAGAUGAACAGUUGAUCUGUGCCUUGUGUAAGCUGGUUGGCCGACACCGGGACCACCAGGUAGCAGCCCUCAGUGACCGAUAUGAUAAACUCAAGCAAGCCUUGGAUUCCAACCUCAGCAGUCUACUCAAGAGGACCAGUGAGUUGGAAUCUCUGAUGGGCAAACUUAUCCAAACCUGCCAACACGUAGAGGUAAAUGCAUCAAGACAAGAAAACAAGCUGGUUGAAGAGUGUGACCUGCUGAUUAAUAUCAUCCAGCAGCGAAGACAAAUCAUAGCAACCAAGAUAAAGGAGGGAAAGGCUAUUAGACUGAGGAAACUAGCCCAGCAGAUAGCCAGCUGCAAGCAGUGCAUUGAGAGAUCUUCCUCCCUCAUCACUCAGGCCGACCAAACCCUCAAGGAGACAGACCACACUCGCUUCCUUCAGACAGCUAAAAGCAUCUGUGAGAGAGUCUCUAUGGCAACGGCGUCUUCUCAAAUCCUGUUACCUGAAAUAAACUUAAAUGACACCUUUGAUACUUUUGCUUUGGACUUCACGAGGGAGAAGAAAAUGCUAGAAAGUUUGGAUUACCUCACAGCGCCAAAUCCACCAGUAAUCCGUGAGGAAUUGUGCACGGCUUCGUAUGACACAAUUACAGUUCAUUGGACAUCUGAUGAUGAGUUCUCUGUUGUGUCAUAUGAACUUCAGUACGCCAUCUUCACCAGCCAGUCUAAUGUUGUCAGUUUGUGUAACUCUGCUGAUAGCUGGAUGAUAGUGCCAAACAUCAAGCAAAAUCACUACACUGUGCACGGGCUUCAGUGUGGCACCAAGUACAUUUUCAUAGUGAAGGCCAUAAACCAGGCUGGAAACCGGAGCAGCGAACCAGGGAAACUCAAGACCAACAGUCAGCCAUUCAAAUUGGAUCCAAAGUCUGCUCACCGGAAGCUGAGGUUGUCCCAUGACAACCUGACUGUGGAGAGAGACGAGACAUCAUCUAAGAAGAGCCACAGUCAAGACCGCUUCUCCAGCCACAGCAGCUACGGUGUCACAGGGAAUGUCUAUAUUGACAGUGGUCGCCAUUAUUGGGAGGCUCUGAUAGGAGGAAGCACAUGGUUUGCAGUUGGCAUCGCCUACAAGUCAGCACCAAAACACGAGUGGGUUGGCAAAAACUCAGCCUCCUGGGUACUGUCUCGCUGUAACAACUCGUGGGUAGUGCGUCACAACAGUAAGGAGAUGCCCAUCGAGCCCUCACCCCACCUGAGGCGUCUCGGAAUAUUGUUGGACUACGACUCUGGAUCUCUGUCUUUCUACGAUGCAGUUGGCUCUCAGCACUUGCAUACGUUCGACGUCACCUUUGCUCAGCCAGUCUGCCCUGUGUUCAACGUGUGGAACAGAUGUGUAACAAUCCUCACUGGACUUCCCAUUCCAGAUCACUUAGAGGGGACAGACUACAACAACUGACAAAAUGUGUCCUGCUGGAUUUUCUUUGUGUACCCAAAAAGAGACCAGAAUGCCUGCACUUGCACCUCUUUGACUGUGCCCCCAUACUGUUGGCUGAAUUACAAAAAAAAAAAGCAAACGAGAUGCAAUUAAAAGUCCAGGUGUACAUUCCCAAUCAAGCCUUUGUUAAAAUUAACUGAUAUUUUUGGAAGUAUUUAAGAAAUGAUUUACAAGCAUUUGUAGAUGUAUUAAUUUGCUUUGCACAUUUAUGUACUAUACAUUACUCUGCUGGACCAUUUUAAAGGUUUGCUUAUCAUUUCAAAGACAUGGAGAUGGUCAUCAAUUCAUUUUUAAUUUCUAAAUUCACAUUAUAUGUUUUUCCAUUCAUGUGUUGUAAAGG